GGAGGAAUGGAGGGAUGCAGCAAGAUCCGGCACAUAGUACGGCUGCGGCAGAUGCUGCGGCGGUGGAGGAUGAGGGCGACGGCGCUGUCGUCGUUGUCGAGGAGGAGGAGCGGCGGAGCGGCGCCGUCGGACGUGCCUGCGGGGCACGUGGCGGUGUGCGUCGGGAGCAGCUCCCGACGGUUCGUGGUGCGGGCGGCGCAUCUCAACCACCCCGCUUUUCGGGAGCUGCUCCGCCAGGCCGAGGAGGAGUACGGAUUCUCCUCCCACCCCGGCCCCCUCUCCCUCCCCUGCGACGAGUCCCUCUUCCAGGACCUCCUCCGCCUCAUCUCCUCCUCUUCGAGCUUCACAGAUUAUGAUCUCGAGGACUUCGACAAUCUCCCCCGCACUUCUUCCUGUUGUUGCCACGUAGGACGGUGGCGGCCCGUUGCCGAUUCACUGCCGCUUCUGCACCGCCACCGCCUUCCUCGCGAAGAAGCCAGUCUGGUGAGCUGAACUCCUCGUGCAGACGAAGCCUUUCGCUUUGCCAUUGAAUGACAAUGAACCCAUCUCUCUC